ACUAGGAUUUGUCAAUUGUCAUUCGCACUUUCCUCUACACUUUCUGCUCUUUUCUUUUCCCUCAAGUUCCAGAUUUCCGAGACCCAUCAUAUAUACCCCCAGGUCUUUCAGAGAGAGAGAGAGAGAGAAAUGGAGACCUGGUUCAUCAUCGUCAUCUCCCUGUGCAUCGCAGCUCUCAUCAAACCCGUCCUCAGCCUAAUCCACUCUCCUCCCCACCACAGAAACAAACUCCCCCCUGGACCCACCACCAUCCCACUGAUCACCAACCUCCUCUUCCUCCGCAAAUCAUUCACCGAAUUCGAAUCCGCCCUCCGCUCCUACCGGGAGAAGUACGGCCCCAUCAUCACCAUCAGCCUCGGGUUCCGCCCCGGCAUCCUCAUCUCCAGCCCCGCCCUGGCCCACCAGGCCCUCGUCCAGAACGGCGCCGUCUUCUCCGACCGCCCCGCGCCCCCCGCCACGCUCAAGAUCAUCAGCAGCAACCAGCACAACAUCAGCUCCGCCGGGUACGGCCCCACGUGGCGCCUCCUCCGCCGCAACCUGACGUCGGAGAUCCUCCACCCCUCCCGCGUCAAGUCCUACUCCGGCGCCCGCCGGUGGGUUCUGGCGAUUCUGUUCGAACGCCUCGCCGGGGAGUCACGGUCCGCGGCGGAGGGGGUUCGGUUGGUGGAUCACUUCCAGUACGCCAUGUUUUGCCUCUUGGUGUUGAUGUGUUUUGGGGACAGGUUAGAUGAGAAGCAAAUCAGGGCCGUUGAGAGGGUUCAGCGCGAAUUGCUUGUGAGUUCUAGGCGGUUCCAGAUUCUCAACGUUUGGCCCAUGCUAGGUAAGAUAGUGUUUCGCAAUCGUUGGAGGGAAUUCUUACAGCUGCGUAAGAGUCAAGAAGAUGUAUUGGUCCCUCUUAUCAGAUCCCGAGUAGAAGUUGUUAAACAGCGAAAAGAGGGAAAAGUGGAACCCGACAAAGAGAGUGUGGUGGCAUACGUGGACACCUUGGUGGAUUUGGAGCUUCCCGACGAGAAGAGAAAGCUCAAUGAGGGGGAGAUGGUGGGCCUCUGCAGUGAGUUUCUCAACGCAGGCACCGAUACGACCUCCACUGCAUUGCAAUGGAUCAUGGCCAAUUUGGUCAAGUACCCUCAUGUUCAAACCAAGCUGUACGAAGAGCUAUAUGGCACUAUGGGCCCAUCACCCCAACUCGGAGAGGAGAACGAGAACAUGGUAAUGAUUAAGGAGGAUGAUUUACAAAGAAUGUUGUACUUAAAAUCCGUGGUUUUGGAAGGUCUUAGGCGUCACCCACCCGGGCACCUAGUCUUGCCCCACACGGUGACCAAGGACGUAGAAUUUGAGGGCUACUUGGUGCCCAAGGGUGCCAUGAUCAACUUCAUGGUGGCGGAUAUCGGGUGGGACCCAAAUGUGUGGGAUGAACCUAUGGAGUUCAAGCCUGAGAGGUUCUUUACUAAUACAACUGACGGCGGCAGUGGAGCGCCAGAUUUGUUUGAUGUAACGGGAAGUAGGGAGAUCAAAAUGAUGCCGUUUGGUGCAGGAAGGAGAAUUUGUCCAGCAGCUGGGAUGGCUAUGCUUCACUUGGAGUUUUUCGUUGCGAAUUUGGUUUGGUAUUUUGAAUGGACAGCUGUUGAAGGGGAUACCGUUGAUCUAUCGGAGAAGCAGGAGUUCACUACCGUGAUGAAAUAUCCACUGCGGGCCCGCAUCUCCCCAAGAGGACUUUCUCAAAAUCAAUAAACAAGAUUAGUGGGAAUCUACCUACAAUAUUCACGAACAGAACAUUAUAUGUUGUAAUUGGAAUGUUGCAAGGAUUUAGCAUUUUAGUUGUCGUAUACUAGAUUGUGGUUGCGCAUUUUUCCUGUUUAUUUUGACUUGAGGAUGUUUUGUGUCCAUGUAUAUGUUUAUAUGCUUUCGUGUUACAAGUGUUUAUUUUGCUUGCC